CCCCCCCACCCACACCAGACCAGACCAAAACCUCUCUCACUACUCUUCACUACUUACUUUCAUAUAAACAUUUCAUUUUACCUAAAACCUAGGGUUUCUGUUUUUCCCCCCUUUCUUGUCUCAAACCCACCACUUAUAAUUCAUUUCUUAAUUUCAAGAUCCCCUUUCAUUUUGCUUCAAUUCAAUGGCUAAGACUAAACCUGGUAAAAAAGAUGUUGAUUCUUACACUAUCAAAGGCACCAACAAAAUUGUCAGAGCGGGUGAUUGUGUGUUAAUGAGGCCAAUUGAUUCGGAUACGCCUCCAUACGUGGCUAGAGUAGAGAAGCUGGAGGCGGAUCAUCGGAAUAGUGUGAAGGUUAAGGUGCGUUGGUAUUACCGGCCAGAAGAGUCCAUGGGAGGUAGGCGGCCGUUUCAUGGUGUUAAGGAGUUGUUUUUGUCGGAUCAUUAUGAUUUCCAGAGUGCUCAUACGAUCGAAGGCAAGUGUAUUGUUCAUUCGUUUAAGAACUAUACGAAGCUUGACAAUGUUGGCACCGAGGAUUAUUUCUGUCGCUUUGAAUACAAGGCUGCUACGGGUGCUUUUACCCCUGAUCGUGUUGCUGUGUACUGCAAGUGUGAGAUGCCCUACAAUCCCGAUGAUUUGAUGGUGCAAUGUGAAGAAUGCAAGGACUGGUUCCAUCCAUCUUGUAUGGGCAUGGGAAUCGAAGAUGCAAAGAAAUUGGAACAGUUUAUGUGCUCUGACUGCUCCGCUGAUGAUGACGGAAAAGGAGCGUUGAACUCGAUCCAUGUAGCACCGUCUUCUGCAACUAAGCUGGAAUCAAAGCGUAGAAAGCGAUAACAAGUAAUCGAACGCUGAAGGAGGUAAUAACUCUGAGAAUUAGUUUCAGCUUCUUGUUAUGUGAAAGUGUACAGCGCAGAGAACAGAGCAUGCUUUCACAAUCAAGGAGCUUCUUGUUUAAAGUUUGUGUGUGAUAUUUAUCUUUUCUUUUUCGUGAGUUACGUGUAGACUAGUGUGAGACAUUGGUCUCUUUCAUUUAAUUUAGUACAAUGCAAAACUCAGAGUAGAAGUAGAGAUAUCAAACUAAUUGAUUAUGCAUCGUUUCGGAUCUUCAA